AACUCCUUUUAUGCUGUAUACCAUCCUUGAACAACGAAGAUCAUCGUUCACCAUUCCUAUCAACAAUUCACACUCAUUAUCAUGUAUGUUAUAAGAUGAUCUGAAAAAAGUUCACUUUUAUGGUACUUUUCAUGUCCUUUGCAGCCUAAUUCUUCUCCCUGUGGCCACAGAAAGUAUACAAUUCUUUACUUAAAUCCCCACUGCUCCCUGUUUAAAACUAAAUGGGCCCAGUCAUGUUGGCUAUGUGCUAAUCCGAAUACCACUGACGCUAUAACAAGUCGGGAUUUUCCCCCGUGGUCCACACAUUCGGGAACCUCCAUCUAGCCAUUGCCAAAAUCUGCCACGACGGGUGUUUUUUCAACAGGGUGUAGCAAGUGUAUGAUACUACAAGGAGAAAACGUCUUCAUGAGGAGAGUACGAGCAAAGAAAACUGGACAGCUUGCGAGGUACAGUUUCUAAGAUAACUGUUCAGUUGAGCCUACCCUAAGCACAGGGGACCCUCUAGUAUCUUGAGGCUGGUCAGGGGAAAGUUCAUUAGGAGGCAUGAGGAAGUGUAGUCCUUGGACGUUUCUCCCAGUGAUGUUUUCAUUCUUUACAGCUGCAGGCUUGUGGGUUGUGUAUUUCAUAGCAGUGGAAGAUGAAAAAAUCACUCCACUCAGCUCUGAAUAUAAAAGAUCAGUGUCAAAGUCCCCUCCAUACAUCAGCAUUGCAGGAGAUGCUCCACCCGCCAGCUGUGUUUUUAGCCAAGUCAUGAACAUGGCAGCUUUCGUGGGUUUCAUCCUUGGUGUCCUCAGAUACUUGCAGUUGAAGCCAAGGGUCCACAAACCCUGGCUCAACAUUGGCAGUUUGGUAGCUCUAUCCCUGGCCUGCUUUGGUAUGACUUUGGUUGGGAAUUUCCAGCUCUCAAAUGAUGAGGAGCUCCACAAUAUUGGCACCUCUAUGACCUUUGGCUUAGGCACACUGUUCUGUUGGGUCCAGUCAUUCAUGACCCUAAAGGUCAACUUGCGGAAUGAAGGCAGGAGAGCAGGCAUUCCCCGCUUUCUCUUAUCUGGUGCUGUGACAUCCUGCAUGCUGCUUUACUUUGCCCUAAUGGCACAGCGCCUGCACAUGCAUGCUGCCCGGGCCCAGUGGGCUCUGGUCAUGUUCUUCCUGGCCUUCCUAGGUACCUUCGCAAUAGAGUUCCGCCACUACCACUUUGAGAUUCUGUGCAGUGAUGAACAGGACCCUCCACUAAGCCUGUCUGAGAGCUUCUCUGAGGUUUCAGAAUACCAAUCAGAUCAGCUUUAGGACUUGUUCACUCCUGUUUUUAGCACAGGGUUUAGUCCUCUUCAUCAAUUACCAGUAAUGCAUGUUUGUUGUAUGUAAUCUCUAGAGUGAGCUGUGCAUGUGAUUUUUAUCACAAAAAUGUGUACUUUGUUUAAAAAAAAAAAAAAGCAAAAAAAAAAGCACAAUGGCUGAAAAGAAACCAUAUCUGUGCAAUAGGUAAUGAGUCAGAUGUCUGUGCCAAAUAGUGUGAAAAUGUUAUAAUGAAAAUGAGCCUAUUAUUAUCUGACAAAUACAGUUUAUAUCAACUUAUCAGGUCCAAAUUUAAGUAAAUGCACUGAAAAGACUGCACACUUGGUAUAAACAAUGGUAUAGAUGGUAAAGUAGGUUCUUUAAUCUGUACUGAAUUUGUAUGUCUAAAACAUUAUCUUACUUUUAAAUCUACAGUGUUGACCAGACCUCUUUCUACAAAUGGCACAUUUUAUACCUAGAUUAAAAAUGUGGUCUAUCUGACAUCAUCAUUAACAGUAAGAUUUCCACCAAAUCAAACAAAUCUUGAACCAUUUCAUUAAAGCUCCUCUCUGUAAGACUUUCUGUUUCAUUAAAGCUGCUCUCUCUCUAA